UAGAAAAAUAACCAAAGAAAAACAAGAGCUGACUUGAGAGCUUACUGUUGCUAAAGUCUACUCUAUUGCAAAGCCUCAUAACUCAGAAAAAACAAACAGCUGAAAAAACCAUUCUUAUGCAUCAUUCUGCUGAAAUUGAAGUGUAAUAUUUUUGUUGCUGCAAAAGGUUGUUCUGUACACCAUAAUGGAUUGGUUGAAAGGUAAUUCUGUGCAAGAUCAUAAGCUGCAGCAGCUGAAGCGUAAAGCUAGAGCAUUACAUGCAAGAGCAGCAGAUGUAAACAAUGAAAUAGAACAAAAAGAGCUUCAACCAGGAAAGCGACGAAAGAGGGAGGUUGAUAACUGGUUGAAAGACGUUGAUGAGGUGGUGGAUCAACUACAACGUCUUGAGCUACGAGGCAAAAAUUUGAGUGCAUCAAAAUGGGGUGGUAGCAGUACAAAUCAGACUGCUCAGUUGACUGAACAUAUAGGAGAGCUGAUUAAGCAGGGAAUUUUCCAAGGAUUUACAUUCUAUGAUCAUGGAAGUUCUAGUGUCGCACUAGUAACAACCGACAUAAAGAUAAAUGAUAACACAUUACAUGAUAAUAAGAGGAAAGUCAUGUCAUGGCUGAUGGAGGAUAAUAAUAAUGCGGAAGUCAUAUCCAUAAUAGGCAUUUAUGGUCCAGGUGGUGUUGGGAAAACUAUGCUGCUUAAAGAAACUCACAACGAGCUACUUGAGCUGUUUGAAUGUUCUAGGCGCAUAUACUGGGUAUCAGUGUCACAUGGCAUCACAUUGCCGAUGUUGCAGGACAAGAUUGCUGAAGCAAUGGAUUUGAACUAUCUUAUAACAGAGAAGAAUGCAAUCAGGAAGGCAGCAUCUUUAUCUUACGAGUUGAAGCAGAGAAAGAAUGUUUUCCUUUUCUUGGAUGACGUAUGGGAAUAUUUCCCAUUAGAGGAAGUCGGGAUUCCUGUAGGAGAGGAGAAUGGUUGCAAGUUGAUCCUGACAAGUCGAUCUUUAGAUGUGUGCAGAAGGAUGAAAUGUGAGGAAGUUAUCAAGGUGAAUCCGCUUUCAAAGGAAAAAGCUUGGGAGCUCUUUGCCAAGGUGCUUGACAGGAGAGAUGAGAUUCCAUCAGAAAUAACUGAGCUUGCAGAGCUAGUUGCGGCUGAAUGUGCUGGUCUUCCUCUUAGUUUGAUUCUCAUGGCAGGAAGCAUGCGAGCAGUAAAUAACAUUCAAGAGUGGCGCAAUACUCUAGAGGAGUUACAAAAUUCAACUGAAGGACAAGCUGUGAUAGAAACAGAUAUAUUUCCAGUUUUGAAGCUUAGUUAUGACCGUUUGAAAGAUCCAAAGCUGAGGCAAUGUUUCUAUAUAUGAUAUCAAUAUGGUGAAAUUACACGAGAUGAGCUGAUUGUGCUUUUCCGUUCUGAAGGCCUUCUGGAUACAAUACAGAAUUGGCAAAAGCAGUUUGAUAAGGGACACAGCAUGCUGAACAAACUCGAGAAUGUGUGCUUAUUGGAGAGAUAUGAUAGUAAAUGCGUGAAGAUGCACAAUUUCAUCAGAGAUAUGGCAAUUCGAAUCACCAAUGUAAUGCCACGAUUCAUGAUCGCAGCCGGUGCGAAGCUAAGAAGAAUUCCUAGCGGACGAAGAUGGACACUGGAUCUUGAUAAGGCUUCUUUAAUGUAUAAUUCCUUGUCAGAGAUUCAACCUGGAACAAUACCAAUGUGCCCAUGCCUCACAACCUUGUUGCUCCAGGAAAACCCGUUUACCAAACUCCCGGAUUCUUUCUUUCUACAUAUGAAGUCCAUGAAGGUGCUUAACUUAUCCAGAACCAGCAUCAAGAAGCUGCCGAACUCAAUUUCAGAACUCGAGAACCUGAGGACUCUUCUGCUUGAAUUCUGCAGGCGUCUGCAUUCUGUGCCUUCACUAAAGAAGCUUACCAAAUUAAGGGAGUUAGACUUCAGCUUUUGCUGGGCAAUGAAAGAUGUACCACAUGGGAUAGAGCAGCUAUCUGACCUUAGAUUUCUUGAUUUAGAAGGGAGCAAGGAUUUGUGUCAGUUACUCAGUAGUUCGUUAUCUGCAUUUUCUCGUAUCCAAUGCCUUAUACUUGAUCCAGAUGUGCAGAGUAUCUCAGGUGAUGAUAUGAUACAACUGGGUUAUUUGGAGAGACUAGAAGGCUGUAGGAUAUCUGAUGUCAGCAGCUUUAAGAGAUAUGUCAAAACUCCACAUUUUCGACAGCUAGACUACUAUGAGUUUGUCAUUGGAGAAGGUGAAUACAAAAGAGUCGACUAUUGCACAAGUGAAGAACGAAUAGUGAUACUUUGCAGCGGUAGUUAUAGAAAAGGGGAUGUUUUUGUUCUUCCUGAAAACAUUCAAAAUUUACAGAUUCAUAACUCAGAGCUGGAUGCAAAAGGCUUGAUCGAUGCCCUUCCAUCAUUGACUUGUUUAACAGAAUUAAGGAAGAUUCUGAUUAGGCGUUGCAGAGUGAUACAAGUCAUAUGGUCACCAAAAUCAUACUCUGACGAUGCUGCUUCUGUAGUACUGCUUCAACACAUUAACGAGUUAUUUCUGACUGAUCUGCAGGAUUUCACGAGUCUAGUAAAAGAAGGAGUUGCUCUUCAACGAGGUGCCUUUUCCAAUCUUAAGAUACUGGUGAUCAAAUAUUGUCCCAAAAUCAAGAAGCUAUUCACACCAAACUUGUUACAUGGCAACCUUGAUAACCUCCAGGAGCUCGAAGUUGAAGGAUGCGAAGAGUUAGAAAGGAUUAUUGAAGAUAAUGAUGAUAAUGUCAAAAAAGAAAGUGAUUGGUUUCCUAACUUGAGAGCUCUGCAAUUGAGACACCUUCCAAAGUUGACGGGCAUUUGUCAUGGAGGAUUACUCGGAAAAGAUUCUGUUGAACAAAUUGUUAUUGAAUAUUGUCCAGAAAUCAAGCAGAUAUUCAUGAGUAGCUGCAUACCACAUCAUCAUCUGAGAAACUUAAGAGAAGUUAAAGUAGCAGGUUGCCAGAACUUACGGGAGAUGAUGAUAGCAUCACCCCACUCUCAGUCUCAGUCUCAAUCUGAGGGACAAGAGAGUACCAUAUAUGAGCUUCCCAACUUAAGGGCAUUGGAGUUGGAUGAUCUACCAUGUCUCACAAGUUUCUUUCAUGGAGACAUACUACCAACUUGUGGUUCUAUUGAACAAAUCACUAUUAAGGACUGUCGAGAGUGGAAGAGACUGCCUCUCUCCAUAUCCGUCACAAGAAUGGAGAAAGUUUUGCACCGGCUUUACUUCAAGAGAUUACAGCAGAUCGAGAAUGGUGGGAUCUCUAGAGUGGGAUGAUCCUCUUAUUGGGCACAUCCUUCUACCAUUCACUAAGCUGAGUGAGGCUGGCGGAUCCAGCUUCGAUAUCUCUAAAGAACUUGUUUCUCCAGGGGGAAUUCAGCAAGUAGAAAAAGGUUCUGGUAAAACAGAAGUGGAUAGUGUAGACAUCAGCUCCUGCAUUACAGAUUUAAGUGAUCCUCAGCUGCUUUAAGGUAUGCAAGAUGCACAGUGGUUGUAUUCUCUUUGAGAAACAGGUGUGCAGGAGCUCAGAACUUUGCUGCUCCGGCACUGUCCGGAGAUAAAACGAUAUUCCAUCAUUCCCCUCAAAAGAAAAACGAUAUUUCAUCAUUAGCUUUGCAGGAGAUUGGGUUAUUGGAACUUGUUUUAAAGCUCUCAUUGGUAAACCAGGUCACCUAAUGCAACUUGUUACCUAAUUUUGUUAAAUUAGCAUUGAAGUAUGCCACUUUUACAUACCAAUUCGCAUUGUUGGGGAUUACAGUUCACAAACUGUUGAGCGAAUCAGGAAAAAUUGUGAUCCCCCCCCCUGCAUACAAUCUCAAGAAAUUAGUGAUUUAGCGAAUUAGGUUAAAUUUUCCAAUAUCAAGAAAUUGAGCAUACUAUGUUGUCUCUAAUAUCAAGAGCUUGGAUGAUUUUAGCUUGAAUUUGGACAGCUCAAAAUCAAAGAAUGCUGCAUGAACCACAGCAACUAAUAGCAUCUAUUGCCUCCCAAAGACACGGCGACACCACAUUUACAGCCCAUUUGAUAGACGGUUAAAUGGUGGUAAUAGUAAUGACUUUCAAUGUAAUUUUAUAAGAAAUAAGUCAUGUCAAUGUCCAUGGAGAUGAAAUACUACCUCCGUUUUUUUGUGGACUCGUUGACUUUUUUGGAAAUUUUAUUUUUAGUUGACCCAUUUCUGUUUUUA